CCGGCGUGCGGCUGGACGGCAAUCACAAACAAAAACAUCUUGUUUCUCAACUUUUUGAAAAGAAAUCGAUUUGUAAUAAUUUCACAUUUUAGAUAAAGAAAUAAGUGCCAUUGUUACUAGAAUUAAAAGAAGUUCCACAAUGACCGUCGGCAAAUCGGAGAACUCGCUGCGGCCGAUGCACUGUGAGCUGAAUCUUCUGACCAGAUCUGAUGGAUCAGCAAUGCUCACUCAAGGUGCCACGGCCGUUGUAGCGUCGGUGAACGGUCCCAUCGAGGUGAAGCUGCAGCACAUGGAUGUGGAGAAAUCCUACAUCGAUAUCUGCUUCAAACCCCGCACCGGACUGGGCAGCGUGAACGACCGGCUGCUGGAAAGUCUAAUCAAGAGCACAUACGAUUCGGCAAUCCUGACCGGUCUCCAUCCGCGGACAGCCAUUUCGAUCCAGAUCCAGGAGAUGCAGGACCAGGGCGGUCUGGUGGCGUGUGCCAUCAAUGCGGUUUGUUUGGCGCUGAUGAACAGUGGAAUCGAAAUGAAGUAUCUGGUGGCGGCGGUGCACAGCGUUUUGCGCCAGGAUGGAACGCUGGCUCUGGAUCCGGACGAGCUGCAGUCGAAGGACUCGCUGGCAAAGUUCACCUUCGUGUUUGAGAACUGUACGAGAAACACGGUUUCGAUUUACACACACGGGAAGUUUACGACGGAGCAGUACCACCGGGCGCUGAAGAUGGCCGAGCAAGCGGUGGGGAAAGUUUUUGAAUUCUACGGGAACAUAGUGGCGAAGCAGCGGGAGGUAUUGUGAGCAGGGGGCAGGAAGAAAUUGUUAUUUAAAAUA